AUUUUUUCUUUACAUCAAAACCUUUGAUUCCAGCGUAGUGCUAAGAAAUCUACACACAUUUGCUAAUUCUCUUUUUUACCUUACGAAACAUAUGGAGUCAAAGAGGUGCAAAGAGUUCACUAGGGUGAAAUAUUGGCGGAUGAGGAGGAGGCGGACUGCUUCUGGCGGCGGCGGCCGGUCGGUUAGAAUGAAGGUGAAGAGGUUGCAGAAGCUAAUUCCGGGCGGGAAAGGGAUGCAAACGGAUCGAUUGUUUUUGAGGACAGCAGAUUAUAUAAUGCAUUUGCAGUCACAAGUUCAUAUUUUGCAAGCUCUUUCCAAGAUUUACCAACCUUCAGUAACCAUAUCGUUGAACUGAUGCAACUACAUAAGUAGGAUCUGAAGAUGGGAAAAAAGGAAAGGAACAAGUAAAAAGAUGAAAUCUUGAGGAUAACAAUAAGUUUCUUGAAAUGACAGCGACAUAAUCUACCUUUCAAAGACGCAGCAGCCACAUAAUAUAGAGAACCUAUAAGAGCAACUGUUAUUACUAUUGUGAAUGCCUGAGCAAAUGAAACAAACAACGGUAUCAAACAGUGUGUUAGAAAAAAAAAAGGGCACACCCUAUGUAUCAAAUAAUUUAAAUGUAGUUACACAAUAAUACCAGUUUCUUUUCACAAAAGAAA